UGGUACUGGUGGGGGUGGAGGAAGGACUUGAAGGGUUUUUCCAAUUCUUUAGGUCCUGCAACUUUCACUUCCCAUUUCUGUGCUUCUAGAAGCUUCUGAGGAUUGCAACAGCCUUUAUAGAGCCCUUGCUGGUCCCAGGCAGAACAUCUUAAUUUGCAGCCACCAAGAAGAACAUCAAAAGAGACAGCGCCAUGGAAGAUGACAGGAACAACCUUCUCCCCAAUACAUACACUGGUUCUGCUCCAGUGCCAGAAAGGGUUUCUUCCAGCCGUAAACCUGUCUACGCUGCCUUUUCCAUCCUGAUAGCCUUGCUUAUCGCAGGCCAGGCAGUGACUGGCUACUUUGUGUAUCAGCACAACACCCAGAUCUCCAAAAUAACCAAGACCACCACUGAGCUGAAACUGCAGUCCCUGACCAACAACCUCCCUCACGCUCCCAAGGCAGUUAACCAGAAGAGGAUGUCAAUGGCCAACAUUAUGCCUAUGGUCAUGAGGGACCCAGAUGAAGAGUCUCCAGAGGAUAAAAUGAAACUGACCAAUAGCACUGAAGACCAGAUCAAACGUCUGCUCAUGCGAGCAAACCCUCUCAUAAAAUUUCCUGAACUGAAAAACAGCUUCAUGGAAAAUAUGAAUACUCUGAGGAACCGCAUGGAUUUCGAGGACUGGAAGUCUUUUGAAACCUGGAUGCACAAGUGGCUGCUCUUCCAAAUGGCCAAGAAUGAGAUUCCAGCUGCACAAGUGAAAACCAGGUGCCAGACAGAAGAAUGUGGUCGGGGUGUCCACCUGGGAAGAUUCUGUGCCAAGUGUGAUGGAAAUGGCGACUAUCUGCCUAAGCAAUGCCAUGGUAGCACUGGCUUUUGCUGGUGCGUCUACAAAAAUGGCACCAUGGUUGAGGGCACUACUAAAGUCCGUGGGCCACUGGACUGCGCCGGAAAUGGGCAACUGGUGAAUGUGACAGCUGGCGAUACUGAGAAUGUGACAGCUUCCCAGCUGAGCUUCAGUAACUAAAUGACUGAGAAAUGCCAAGCAAACAAGGCAGGCAGCAGCACCAGCUGCAUCAGCUCAAGAAGCCCAGCUUAUCUUCUCCAGUUUGCUCUCGUUUUUUGCUUCUGUAUUGAUUUCCUGAAUUAUGUUAGCCGCAACCACUUCUAAAAUUCCUAGGCUUAAGCAUUAUCCUUAAUGGAGGAGGGAAAAGUAGGUUGAUUAAAUAUAAUCGCCUGCUGAGCUGAGCCCUGAAUUACCUUUUUAGAGAAGUAACCCUUGUACAACCACAGCUUUAGCAGCAAAAUGCUUCAAGCAAGAAAGGGUGAUGUUUUCCUCAAUUAUUCAGCUCAUGCAGAGAGGAUCUUUUUCCUUUUUUUUU